AUGACGAAGGACAUGGUUGAGGCUCUGGUCAAGGGACACAAGAGCAAAGGCGUUGUCUUUGACGAUGUCAUUGCUGGGAAGGGUCAAGGGCUGAUUUUUCUCCUUCAUGGAAAUCCCGGGCUAGGGAAGACACUCACAGCUGAGAGCAUUGCGGACUAUCUUGAAAAACCAUUGUAUUCCAUUUCCGGCGGAGAAAUCGGUACCCGCGUGCGUGAGGUCGAAGAAAGACUCGAAAGCAUCUUCUCCUUGGCCAAGCGAUGGAAUGCUGUCACGCUUCUCGACGAGGCAGAUGUUCUCUUGUGCAGGAGAAACUCUGCAGAAAUUGACAGGAAUGCCAUUGUCGGAGGCAAGUGUCGCAACUCACCCAAUAAUUGAGAAAACUGUGACGAACCGUUACAAGCACAGGAGUAUAUCGCUGGGA